GGGUAUUGUUCGAUAAACAAGUCAGUGACACCAAUUAAGCGAUAUCCCUCAGUUGCUAAAAGCUUAACGUUGGAUAAUAGCUAAACACCACUCGAGUGUUUUUCGCUGGGUAUGUUUGGGUAUGAGAAGCACAUGCCCUCUGGAGUUCCGAAAUGUUGCAACUGCUUCAUCGGGUUGUACGUUUAUUUACUACGUCACGGAAAGCAUAUUUUUGAGGAAGUGAAACUCGACAAUAGCUAAACUAGCUAGCUAGAUAAACCAGCAUUCUUCGUUUUGUCGUUCGUUUAGCAUGAUAACUUAUCUUUGUUAAAAUAUAUUUGCAGCUGAAGCUGUGGUGGUGCUUACAUUGAAAAGUACAGGAGGCUGAUAGAACCUUGCACAUGUUCACAGGAUGAAUCUUAAGGCUGUUCUGUGUGUCCUGGCAGCCUGUUUUCAAUCAGCCAUCUCUCUGAAAACAGGAAAUGGGACAGAGACUGCAAGAGACCUGCCCCCACUACUGCUUGUGUCAUUUGAUGGCUUCCGAGCAGAUUAUCUGAAUAAAUACUCUUUUCCUAAUCUGCAGAAGUUCUACUCAGAUGGUGUUCUUAUUAAACAACUUACCAAUGUCUUUACCACUAAAACUUUUCCUAAUCAUUACAGUCUUGUCACUGGACUCUAUGCAGAAAGUCAUGGUAUGUUGGCUAGUCGCAUGUAUGACCCACGGGUAAAAAAGAUAUUCACUCUUCAAAAUGAUAGUGAUCCUUUUUGGUGGAAUGAAGCAACACCAAUUUGGGUGUCACUACAGAAAUGGGGUUAUAAAUCAGCAGGUGCUAUGUGGCCAGGAACGGACCUGCAGAUCCAAAAUCAAACCUCAUCUUACUUCUUGAAGUAUGACUCAAAGGUGAGCUUCAAGGAGAGACUUGGGAACAUAACAAAAUGGCUGACUGAAGAUGACUCUGUAAAGUUUGCAGCUUUGUACUGGGAAGAGCCAGACCACACAGGACACAAAUAUGGCCCGGAGAACACCACGGAAAUGGCCAGGGCACUAAAAGAGGUGGAUGAUCACGUAGGUCUUUUGAUGGAGCAGCUGAACCAGACAGGGCUUUGGGAGCGGAUUAAUGUGAUCAUUACUAGUGACCACGGCAUGGUCCAGUGCUCUCAAGACAGACUUAUUCAGCUGAACAAAUGUGUCAAUCCCAGCAGCUAUGUUUUGGUGGAUCUUACGCCAGUCACUGCCAUCCUCCCUCUCACUGAAGUGUCGGUUCUGUACAAAAAUCUUAGCAACUGCAACGUUCACAUGAAGGCUUAUCUUAAGGCUGCAAUACCUGAUAGGUUGCACUACAGAAACAAUGAGAGGAUUCAGCCAAUCAUCUUGGUGGCUGAUGAAGGUUGGACAGUUGUCCAGCAGGGCAACCUUAAGCGAUUGGGUGAUCAUGGAUAUGAUAACUCUCUACCCAGUAUGCACCCAUUCUUGGCAGCCCAUGGGCCUGCCUUCCGCAAGGACUAUUGGAUGAACAGUAUCAACAGUGUAGACCUCUACCCCCUCAUGUGUCACCUCCUGGGCAUCCCUGAGUUACCCAACAAUGGCAGCUUCUCAGCCGUGCAUUGUGUGCUGGUCAGCGAGAAAUGCCCUGAUCUGGGUGUGAUUGUGGGUAUGGUGAUCGGGGUCCUCAUUGUGCUCUCUACCAUCACCUUCCUCUUCAGACUGAUGAAGAACAGAGAGCCGUCGACAUCGCGCCCGUUUGCCCGUUUAGAGCUGCAGGAGGAUGAUGAUGAUGAUGACCCUAUGCUCGAAUGAGCUGCUGAAGGGCUUGGAAUAGACACAUGCACUUACUUGGAAGGAGGGCUUUAAAACUUGGCUCACUCUCGUGAGGUCUGCCAAAGAAGAGAAAAAUCAGACAAGACAAUCAUGCAUAGAGUUUAGGGAAAGAUUAGACCAUAGUGAAAUUCGUAGUCUUUUUUCUUCCCCCUUCAUUGUGAAAACUGAAAAAAAACUGCAUUAAUUCCCUGUUUUUCUGGUCAAGGUAUAGGAGGAUAUUGAGGUUACUUAUAGAAAAUUAUAAUGAGUCCUGGUUGUUGUGGAAUGUUUCUCUUUUUUUUUUCUGUUUUCUGAAGCAUUUCCGAAUGCUUUUAUUCCCAGUGCAGAUUAGGUCCAUGAUUUGAAUAGUUAUUUUCAACUUCAACUUAGACAAUAGUUGAAUAAUUUGAUCCAUACUCCAGAAAAGAUGCAUUUAAACUUUGAAUUCAUAUGCUUAUGGCUUGUGUCAGAUACACUAGCACAAUGCACUGAAAGUUUUGCUUUCUGUUGAGGCUGUUAUGACUGGUACUUGAUUUAUUCUAAAAGUGAUUUUCUGAUGUACAUAAUACAAGUAUAAUAAUGUUUUGUGGCCUUCCAAAAGUGUGAGAGCUAUGCUGUAUUUCUGUAGACUGAAUAUUCUGCAUAGAGCUGAGGUGAUAUUCUGUUACAUCUCAUGCUACAGGUUUGUCUGUAUUUUCCUGUGUACUAUAAAUUAAAUACCCCAAAAUUAGGGAUACAGGAAAUGCUGUUUUUUGUUCAAUCUGGAUAUUGAUGCUUAAUUAUCCAUAAUAGGAAAUUGCAUUUUUCUAUUUGAUGGUAUAUAAAUAUAGGCUAUUGAUUUGGAUAGUUUUAAGUCUUUUUUCAUUUAUUGAUCUUUAAAGAGGAGAAUAUGCUUUCACAAAAAGAAUAAAGAAUUACUAUGGGUGUUUUCUGUAGUAAUUUACAUUAAUUGAGAAGCAUGCUUUGCACUUGCCUUAUGUUUGUGAUGAGAGUGGUUUUGUCAUUGUUUCUCAGAAACAUCACAUCAUCUCAGAAAGACUUAUCUGAUCUCCUUAUCUCAUAGAAUGUCUUCCCCAGUGCACUAUUUUUGCAUUUCAGUGUAUUUCUUUUGAGGAUUUGUUCUGUGUGUAAUUGAAUCUAUGCAAAAGAAAGUGUGUCCAAAGAACAGUUAUAUGUGGAACAAUGAGAAAGUUUGCAUGUUUUAAAGAUUUUAUUUUGGUAUAAUUAUGCAUUUUGUUUUUAUGCCAACUUAUCGAUUCCUUCACUGAAAGUAACAUUCUGUAAAAUUGUGAUAUUUAUUUAUUUAUUUAUUUGUUUAUUUAUUUGAUGACUAGAGGUCACACUCCGGGAUGUGUGUUUUAUGAAAUAAAUAGCAAAACAAGUUAAUGGGUCAUUCUAAUCAGGUUUCAUAGAUUCAGCCUAAGAUUGAAAUAUUCAGGUGGAAAAAAAGAGAAUGAUCAUCUUUAAUGUAUGUCUAUUAGUUUGUGGAUUAAUUUCCUGAACGUUGGCUAGAAUGAUAAUGAAUUGACAGUGUUGCUUGAAAUAUCUUUCAGUCUCUAAUAAAUUGACUUUAUUAAAAUGGC